UGCUUGAUCAAUCAUUGCCCUCUCGAGUCUCAACGUUCUACACAUUCUCCAACUACAACUUAUAUACUCACAUCUUUAAUUCCUGAGCAAGAUGAUAGUGGAUCAGUUCAAUUCACUUUGGUCAUUUCUUGUUAAUCAACUUCAAUCCUUAAGUUUCAUUCAAGUGAUCUCAUCACCUUCUACUACGAUUUUAGCCAAUGCUCCUUCUACUACAAGUACUUCGACUAUCUACGUUCAACAUACUUCCCGAAUUCAUGCAUCUUGUCCCGCUGGAUUCGGUCCUCAUUUUGAUAAUCCGGAUGGUCGACUUAUGCAACUUUUACCUAUCGAAUCUAUCACUCAUCCUAAUAAGACAAAUGAUUCAAAUCUUCAACUUCAGAAUCAUCACUUAAUCGAAGCUCGUCGUGGAUGUCCUCCAACUGACUUGCUUUCAUUCUCAUCUCACCAUUUGGAUCUCACCAUCGACCAUUCACAAAUCUCAUCAGGUUCACAUUCAACCGUCUUAGAGCCUCCUAAGGAUUGGAUAGCUUUAGUAGAACGUGGUACAUGUACAUUCGUCGAUAAGAUCAGAUACGCUCAAUACCUAGGUGCAUCAGCGGUCAUUGUGGGUGAUUGGGAUCAAUCUCCUACUUUAUUCAAGACAGAAUCUGGACCGAUAUUUUAUUCAAAUCCAUUAGGAAGUGAUAAGUUUGGUUUUGGAACAGGUUUGGUGACGAUGUAUGCGCCUGGUGAUACUAGUGAUCUAGAGAUACCUAGCGUCUUUGUGGCUCGUGAUAGUUAUAUGAGUUUACGUGAAGAUUGGCUUGAACUUAAUUCUCUUCAAUCACCUGUUUCUUCAAAUCUAAUUCAUGGUCAAUCAGUCGAUGCUCAUCUUCCUCAAGCUUUGGAAGUGAUCAUGAGCAAAGAUCAGUUAUGGACUUGGCCUUUCUUCGACCUUUUAAUCAUCCUACUAUUUUUACCAUCCAUUUUGACCGCUGUCACACUCGUCCUUCAUCGAAUCAAUUUAUUCCGCAAAAGAAGAGCUGAUAGGGCACCGCAAGCAUUUGUUGACCGAUUACCAUGUGUCAUCUGGGCCAAAGAUAUGGAAAAAGGAAUCCCAGCUGGCUCUGAACUAAGCGACUGUCCAGAAGAAUCAGUUUCCAGACCCAAGAACUCCGUGCUCGGACUUGGAUGGAUCACACAUACUUGUAAAAUGAUUUCUAGUUGGCCAAUACUUCAAAGACAUAGAUCUUCAACCGAUUCAGAACAUACCCCUCUCCUUGAUCCAUCUCGACCACACUUGAAAACCAAUCGUUCAUUACCGAUUCCUAAAGUAUAUUUUGCUCAAAGAGAAUGUGCAUUAUGUUUAUCUGAUUUUGAAAUCGGGGAUCUUGUAAGGAUCUUACCUUGUGGUCAUUGUUUUCAUCAAGCUGAGAUUACCAAUAAUUGUAUGGGAAUUGAUUGUUGGCUUUUAAAAUCAAAAAGAUUGUGUCCGAUUUGUCGAAUGUCAAUUAUGGAACAAGAAAAUGAAGAAGCGGUCAAACCUAGUAAUACACCGAUUCCUGGUCCUAUGCCUAUCUCUGCAUCUGAUAUCGCUGGAAGUUCAUCAAGUCCGAUUCCCAUUCGAUCUACUCCACAAGUCCGAUCACCGAUACCUUCUUCGUCAAGUGUCACUCUCGAUCAAGCUCGUUUGCCUUCACGACGAUAAUCAUUUUUUGUGUUUUGAUACCAAGAAGCCAGGGAUCUGAUUCUCUAGAGUGUGCUUUAUAUGCUGGAUAGGCUUGCUGUUCCUCCUUUUUUGUUUUCCUGUGAUUUCAGCACUCUGAUACUGAUAAUAUGGUCAAGCAACUUCAAAGAUCAGAGGCAAAAUCAUGUACUCUAUAUGCGCAAGGUUUGUGUAUUGAAUUUCUCUUUUUUGCUUCUUAUCUAAGACUUAUGGUGGAUAGGUAAGAAGAUAUAUCAUGUGUAAGAUUAGGUUGGUUAAUUGAUGUUGAAGAAAUUUGUUGUUGUUCCAUUAUCCUUGCUCUCGAAUUUAACUGAAUCUUUUUCAAUGUGUUUUAAAGAAAUAUAAUAAACAAAUGGGUUUGUACAUAAAGAAGAGAGAGCUGAAUGCCUGCAUCUCAGGAGUAGUUGUUUGAAGUUUCUCGAGGAGUGUAAUGGGUACUAUGGUUUAGCCU